CGAAUAUGAUGCAACAGGAUGAGACACAGUACAUCAGCCUUCCAAGGGGGGGAAGAGAAAAUAAAUAGAAUCUGUUGGAACCUAUGUGCUGACAAAUGGCAAUCAGAUUGAACAGGAACCUGUCCGAGGAGACCAAAGACACGAACAGCUCAGGAGGGACAAAUCGAAGCAGCGGUGAGAGUGCCGGUGGUACUCGCAGCAAUGGGAAGCCGAAAGGGGAAUUAUCUGCAACCGUGGAUACUCUUCUGAACAAGGCGUUGGGGUUUGGAGGUGCGAGUGAGGUCGAGAAGAAGAAGGGCGGUGCUGCGUAGCCGGUUCUGGCGUCCAAGGUUGCCUACGACUCUCAUCUGUCUGAGGGGACGGUUACGAAACUAUGACCUUGGCUUUGAAGCGUUGCUCCGUCUUGUUUUGCUAGACUGUACUGUAUGCAACGAAUCUCACGUUGAUUGACUCAACAAGAUUGAUGUUCUCGAGUUGAUACC